GACUUAGACCUACGUUACUGGAAUGCUAACAUAUGACUGAAAGCCUCGCAUCUGGAAGCUCACAUGCAGAUCCAUUUUGCUGCUGUAAUUGAGAGCACAUCCUGUGAAGUCUACCCUAAGCAAGCCAAGACCUCCUCUUCUGGAUUAAUACACUAGCCAUAGUCUUUGGAUUGGCACCAAAUGCAGUCCCAAGGAAGCUCACAGUGAGUUUAGGUGAAGUGCGGAGUGAACACCCCAUCCCAGCAACACUGAGAAUGUAAAUCGGGGGCUAUAUUUAAAGCGUGCAACCCAGUCCCAAGGGCCCUCGCCUCCUUCACCCACCAGCCUGACCAAGGGUGGAUGUCAAGGGAAAUCUCUCCUACCGCUCAUUCUGUGUACGAUGAUGGUAGCAGUAAGCACAAACCCGGAUGAGGAGAGACGCAAACAAUGGAGGCCCCAACACCAGAGCCUGUGUACGUUGAUGUGGACAAAGGACUAACAUUAGCAUGUUUCGUCUUCCUUUGCCUUUUCUUGAUCGUGAUGAUUAUUCGCUGUGCAAAAGUCAUCAUGGACCCUUACAGCGCCAUCCCAACUUCCACAUGGGAGGAGCAGCACCUGGAUGACUGAAAGGGACACUGCGGGAAGCUUUCAGAGCACAACCUGGAAGGCCUUUUCAUUCAGAGAAGGUGAAUGUAUAUUAAACCGAGAUACAGAGUGGUGCAAAUACAGCAUAUCAGUUACAUUUUCUUGCACAGCAGGUUGUAAACAUCAUUGUGUCCCUAUCUGAUGGUACAGCCUAUUUCUGGUAUAACCUUCAUAUAUUAACAAGAGAAAUUAUGAUUGUAACUUGAAUAGCACAAAAGCUUUCUAGGCAAUAAGGCUCCCUUAAAGCUUCUAAUAUAAACCUCAACCUGGCAUUCUUUUUCCUUAAGGAAUAUUUUUCUAUAUUGUUUCCAAUAAAUAAGAGGAUGGAUAGCUAUCAGUACUUGGAAAAGCAAUAAGGGCAUUUGAUCUUUCUUUGACAACGGGUUGCUUAUAGUAUGUUUGUCAGCUGUUUUUGUGUGGCUCUUAAGGCUAUGAAAAUCCCACACCUUAUAGGUGUGCAAAGUCUAAGGCUAUGAAAAAUGCCAUACCUUAUUGGUGUGCAAAGUCUCCUGGGAAUUUCUGCCCCUGGGAUGGCAGUGAAUGUAAGUACUAAAAUGGCUCAUAUGGUGGAGUAGAGAGGUGUGCACAAACUUAUUCCUGGCUAACUGAGUUCUAGGCACAUACUUUCCCCUGCAGUAUUGUGGAAAUGUACUUCCAAGGGUCAGGAUUAUGAAAUACACAAAACUUGUGGUGAUUUUCAAAUGAGCAGAUGUACAAUUGCUCCCCUCUUUUAUUUACAGGUGUUAAGAGUCAGCCUUGUUCCUACCCAUCUGGGUUGCACAAGGUUAAAGGAACAAAGGCAAGAGAAGAAGAGACGUAACUCAGAACUAGCUACUCUAGAUAAGAUGGGGUUAUAUUUUCCUACUGGUCAGUAAGAAGAAGAGUAUUUAGCAACAGCUUAGAACAUGCAUUCUGCUGUGGCAAAAUUAAGUACCUUUAAUAGAAGAAAUUUUCACAAAAUUGUAAUAUAAAUAUCUUCCCUAUUUCCCCUUCUUAACCAUUCACUAAUUAUUGCAGAUAAGGAGGAGAAAGGGAUUCAAAGAGCACCCAGACUAUAUUGUGCAGCUUUGAAGUUUGGAGGGAAAGGAAUUCCCUCUGAAAAAUAAAUCCUAGGUUCUUUAUUCCCAGAAAACUUUCAGUCCUGUCUCUGUUGCAAAAAUUCACCCACAGCUGCCUUCCUGCAGUGACUACAGGUUUUGCUCAAGGGAGUCCAAGGAACUAAUGGAGUAAUAAGGAGUUUACCCUACAGGAGUCAUGCUGCAGAUGCUAGGUUUCAGCUAGAGCUGCCAUGGGUGUAUCCGUGAGGAACCAGUUUCCACCAAACUUGGAGGUAUCCAGCUACUCACACACAGAGGGGGGUAUUUAGCUAUUUGCCCCUUAUAUUUCCAACUCCAUUACCAUGCUGCCAGGUGCCUUUCCCAGAUAAGGUUGCCUCCAUGUGGUAGGGUGCAUUGUAUAGGAAGGGGGUAUCCAAUGGUUGGAGCAAGGAAUUAGGAAUUAAGGUUCCUUGGUUUCUAUUCUCAGCUCUGUUGCAGAUUUGUUACAUGACCAGACAAGUUACUUCAUUUCUCUAUGCCUCACUUUACUCAUCCGUAAACUGAGCCACAGUAAUAUUUGCCUGCCUCCCACUGUGCCCUGAAGGUUAAUCAAGAUCAGCAGAGCACUUGGAGAUCCGUAAAUAAGAAGCACUGCAUAUAGAGACAAAGUAUUAAUUUAUUGUUAUUACUUGUGAAGUUGGAAUAAAGGGAGUGGUUGAGACUUAUUAUAGGGUAGGUUAAAUUCCCCCCAUUUCAGAGGAACCCCAUAAGGUGCUCUGCACCAUUUAACACCUGCCUUAAGGAUCAGAUUCUGCUGUUCUUAGUCCUGGUUGUUAGCACUUUGCUCCGUUAAUCAUCCCACUGGUUUCAGAGGGAUUCUUUGUGGCGUAAGAUGCUAUUCCACAUUAUUAAGGGCAUCCAAAUCUGGCUCAAAGAGGUGUGGAGAGCAUUGUGCAGAACUUCUGCACUGGGAUGAAUUUCACCCUCAGUUCAUUUCUGGUGUUCAUUUGGGAGAAAGGAGUUUACUAUAAAUGCUAGGACCUACCUGGAUAGUGCAGCUCU